AUGUCAAAAACAUCACGAGACUAUUAUGCAUCGUCAAACAAUUUAACUGAUCAAUCAUGUGCUAUUUGUUCUCGUUCGCUGUAUUCAUUUGAACAAGUUCGUGUAUGUAAUUUGUGCCACUCUUCGUACCAUUGGCGAUGUGUUAAACCCGAUCUAACCCUUUACGAUGAUAAUGACAACUUUAUUUGCAAAAACUGCGAAACAAGAAGGAACAAACGGGAUCUGAUCCCAGUUAAUAAUCAAUCUAGUCAUAACACUACUACCAUCACUCCAACCAAACAACAGCACAAUUAUCAACGUCAUUCAUCACAGCGACCAUCGUUAGGAACGGGUAUUAAAAUUAAAUCACCAGAAUCAAAUACAGAUUAUAAAGAAUUUGUCGAUGCACCAAACAACAAAAUAUCAUCAACAGAAAAUGUAGUGACCAAUGCAGUGAAAUAUUUUGAAGAAAAACAAUUGAAUUCAGCUGAACAAUACUCUAGUCGGAAACAGCGAAAUAGGAAUACAAAAUAUAAUCCUUAUCCUCAACAACAAGAAUAUAGCAAUAAAGAUUCGUCUUCACGUAUAAACAAAAAUUCAUCAGUUGACGAUCUGACAAAGAAAGGCGCACAAUCAAGUAUAUUUGAAAACUUUUUACAAUUGAGAGAUUAUCCAAUCAACUAUAAUAAGCCAGAACAAUAUCAAACAACGCCAAAUCAAUCAGAAAUUUAUAACGGAAGCGGUUAUAACAAUGGUGUCAAUGUUGGCGGUUCAAUUGUUCUACAUCAUAAACCAUGGUAUGAUCAAGAGAAAGAGAGCGACGAGAUUGAUGAUGAAAACUACCUGAGAAGAGGCGUAUACAAUUCAAAGAAAGAAAAUGGUGAAAACGCCAUGUUUAGAACCCAAUAUCAAUAUACACAGGGUUAUGCUGGAAAUAUCGAUGAAGAUAAAAAUAUUGAGUCAUCAUCUCUAUCAGCAAUAACUGCUGCUUCACACAGUGCAUCAUCAUCCAUAAACGACACUUCACAUCGAUACUCUACAUAUGGAUACGAUCCAUCUACGAUUAGAUUAGUUGGUCUACCCGAACUUCCAUAUCCAUCAAACAUCAACCAAAUGUCGAAAUAUAAUCAACAAAUCGAAAUAAAUGGACAUUUUCCAAAUCGAAGUACAGUCGAAUUGAUGCCUAAUUCAAAACAGGACAGUUUUAAUAGUCAUUUUCGUCAACAAAAUAUUAUUGGUAGUGAGAGCUUUCUGAAUACAGUGAUGAGUCUAAAUGGUAACAGAAAUUAUGGAAGUGUGGAAAAAAACCUAGCGGAUUUGGUAUCGAUGUUGGGCAGACAACUGGAAAUAGAAUCGCAACGUCUAAAUGCAAAAGUAGAAGAAAAAUUACAAAAUCUAGAAGGAAUGAUGAAUCAACAAACACAUAUAGUUCGUAAACACGAUGAAAUUAUUGAACAUUUAAAAACAAAAAUAUCAACCAUUUCAAAUCAACGUAAUGGUUUUCAAAAUGAAUUAAAUAAACGAGUACAAGAAAGAGCUGGUAAUAGAGAACAAGAAGAAUAUAAUAAAUCAAGUAAUAAUAGUGAUUCGACAACACCCGUAGAAUCACAAAAAAAUUCACCGAGAGAAACAACAGACAGUAAUAAAAAUUUGAAAAAUCAACAGCAAGAUGUCAUACCUGUUGAUAACGAUUAUGAAACAAUUAACCGUCGAGUCGGAAUACAACCAAUAGAAACGUAUAAGUCAUCUGUUUACGAUCAAAAACCAGCGGGAAACAAUACGAAAAAACUUGUCGCUACCCACAGCGAACGAGAUUUGGCAGCUAAAAAUAGGCCGUCUGAAAUACUAUCUAACGAUGGUGAUGAUCAAUCAAAGACAGUUAAAGCAUUAAUUUCGGAAAUCCAACAGCGAAACAAUGAUAAAAGUUCCAGACAAAAUCCGGAACGACGUUUAACAGACUUGAUUCGUCAUGAUAAUGAUCCUACGAACCGUGCGCAAGACAGAGAGCAAAAACCUGACAAAACAGGAUAUAAUAAAGCUGUUAUUCGUCAAAAAUCAGACAAUAAAUUUCCCACACAAUCAGCUCAUAAAAUCCAAACUACGGUUCAUAAUACAAACUCAACCAGACGACAAAAAGAAGAAUUACAUCAAGAUACAGAUUCAGGAUCCACAGCAAGUGAAUUCGUCCAUAUUACACAGAAAAACAAUGGAUUAGGUGUACGAACUUCGAGUUUUGAUAAUAUACCACGGCCACAAAAACAAAAAUACCUAGAAAAAACUCGAUCACUUGAACAUCUACCAGCUUCAAGACAUCCCAAUGCACUAAAAGCCUAUUUGCAACGAAAAAAUUUAAGUAAGUAUGACGAACAACGACAUAACGUAAGUUAGAAGCUCUAACGAGGAAUGAUCCCCAACUGAUAAAUCACUUUUUCAACGAAACCGACUGGACUAUAGGUAGUCGACGAUGCUGAUUCCGAAUACCACCAUGAAUGCUGCCGCUAGGCCUUCAAAGACCGGUAUUCUGGAAAACCAGUUUU